AUGAAAAACCAGGGCAUCUGGACAUUCUGGGGCAGCGUGAGAGCGAGGGCACUCACCUGGCAAGACAUCUGGACAUUCUGGGGCAGCGUGAGAGCGAGGGCACUCACCUGGCAAGACAUCUGGACAUUCUGGGGCAGCGUGAGAGCGAGGGCACUCACCUGGCAAGACAUCUGGAUUAUCGAAGGGCAGCAGAUUAAGUUUCUGCAUUCUGCCCAGGUGAUGCUGAACCUAGUGUCCCACAGUGUGGUUGCUGCUCCCUACCAGUGGGAGUACCCCUACCUGCUCAGUAUCAUCCCCUCCCUCUUCAGCUUCAUGGCCCUGCCCAAAAACAACAUCAGCUACCUGGUGAUCUCCAUGAUCAGUGCUGGCCUCUUCUGCAUAGCUGUUACGUCGCUCAUCUACGGGGGCAUGGAGAUGUUCCCGGUGGCCCAGCAGCUGUACCGCCACGGCAAGGCCUACCGCUUCAUCUUCGGCUUCUCUGCCGUGUCCGUCAUGUACCUGGUGAUGGUGAUCGCGGUGCAGGUGCACGGCUGGCAGAUCUACUACAGCAAGAAGCUGCUGGACGCCUGGUUUACCUCCACACAAGAAGAAGAAGAAAUGAGGACAUAG